UUCAGACUGAAAACGGACAUAUGGACGUCUUUUUGUGCAUCAAGGAUGAGUUUGUGAAACAGUCAUAUAUGUGGGGAUCAUCCCCAGACUUUGGACUUUAAACUUAAACGGCAACAAACACACAGACGGACGGAGUGAUCACUUCAGCUGUGGACCCAAAGACCCAGCCUGACGCACGGAGACGGACAGACAGACAGACAGUCUGAUGCCAACUGUCUCCACUGUCAAUCUCACGGCACCACUCCUCCUCCUGUUGCUAUGGGCAACCCACCCCACCAUGGCAACCAAUUGGCUCUCCCUGGCGAGGCUGCCCCGUUCCCGGCCUGUGUCUGGUGCUGCCCCAUGUGCACGGCUGAGGGGGCUGACCCCAGGCCAGGUGGGGGUGUGCAGAGCACGGGGGGAGGUCAUGGAGUCUGUACGCAAGGCAGCAGAGAUGGUCAUAGAAGAGUGCCAGCACCAGUUCAGGAAUCGCCGCUGGAAUUGUUCCAUCACCCCACGUGGGAUCAAUGUAUUUGGCAGAGUGAUGAACCAAGGCACUCGUGAGGCAGCCUUUGUGCACGCUCUGUCCUCAGCAGCUGUGGCGGUUGCGGUGACCCGAGCCUGCACCCGUGGGGAGCUGGAGAGGUGUGGCUGUGACAGGAAGGUCAGGGGGGUCAGCCCGGAGGGUUUCCAGUGGUCAGGGUGCAGUGACAACCUGUCCUAUGGUGUGGCUUUCUCUCAGACAUUUGUGGAUGAACCGGAGCGAGCCAAGGGGCUGUCAGCAGGCCGGCCGCUCAUGAACCUCCACAACAACGAGGCGGGUCGAAAGGCCAUCCUUCAUAACAUGCAGGUUGAGUGUAAAUGUCACGGUGUGUCUGGGUCCUGUGAGCUGAGGACCUGCUGGAAGGUCAUGCCCCCAUUCAGGCGUGUGGGCGUUGUGCUCAAGGAACGUUUUGAUGGAGCCACAGAGGUCCGCCUGACACGUAUAGGCUCCAGGACAGCCUUGCUCCCCCGAGACUCACAGGUCAAACCCCCUGCUGCCAGAGAUCUUGUGUAUCUUGCACCCUCCCCAGAUUUCUGCCGUCUCGACCCUGAAAAUGGUAUUCCUGGGACUGCAGGUAGAAGAUGUAACGGAACGUCUCGGCUGGCACCAGAUGGUUGCGAGCUGGUGUGUUGCGGGCCAGGCUACAAAGCAGGCCGGGCUGAGGUGGUGCAGCGCUGCUCCUGCAAGUUUUCCUGGUGCUGCUCGGUGCGUUGCCAGCAGUGCAAGAAUACGGUCACCAUUCAUACCUGUAGAGUGUAAGAAGUCCUAAUAAGGCCUGACCAAAUGAGCCCAGAUCCUAACCAACCACCAGACAGACACCGCUGGACACAGCGCGGGUUAACUUUGACACCAAAUUAUCGUAAUUAUUGUCCAAAGCAGCCUUUCUUUGUCCACGUUUUCCCUUAGAGAAGUGAAACUGCAGUUUGGUUUGAUUGUUUUCUUGUAAAAACUGCAAAAUUAGAACUAAUGUAAAGACAAAGCUCCAUCGGGAAGUACAAAAAAAAAAAAGUCUGCUCAGCUUUUAAACUGCUCAAAAUAUUAAGACAGACAAACUGACAGGCACAGACAUGCAUACAGGUGUAGCCAUGAACACACACAAACACAGCAGUUAAUCACACGCUGAACUGACAAAGCUUUUAAAGCAGAGCUUAACCCAAACUAACUC